GGCAGCUCUCGCGGCCUUCACCGGAGGGCAGGAAAUAAUUUUGUUUGGGUCUCUGUUUGGCUGCAGUGGUCAGACCCUGUGUGUUUGCUGUGCUCUCUUGGUGAUCUGCUGCCCAUAUAUGUCUUGCUCUUUCAUAUUUUGGGAAACUUCCUUCAUUUGCUUAGCAAUAGCUCCCAGCCCUUUGGGAGCCCCAGAGAGGUGAAAACUGGUUGUAAACUGUCCUCAUUCUAGACGCUGCAAAAUAAACUGCGGUAUUUGGGGACCAUGGCUACAGACCCACUCUCGGAGCUUCAGGAUGACCUGAACUUGGAUGAUACCAACCAGUCCCUCAGCCAGCUCAAACUGGCCUCCAUAGAUGAUAAGAGCUGGCCAGCAGAUGAAGCCCCUGCUUUUCCCAGAUCAGAGGACUCCAAAGGCUCCCCUGAGCCCAUCACUCACCUGCGGUGGGAUGAUCCCUACUAUGAUAUCGCCAGGCACCACAUUGUGGAAGUAGCAGGUGAUGACAAAUACGGAAGGAAAGUCAUUUUGUUCAGUGCCUGCCGGAUGCCCCCAAGUCAUCAACUUGAUCACAUGAAACUGCUGGGGUACCUGAAAUUCACACUGGACCAGUAUGUGGAGAGUGAUUACACACUGGUGUACCUGCACCAUGGCCUGACCAGUGAGAACAAGCCAUCCCUGAGCUGGCUGCGGGAUGCCUACAGGGAAUUUGAUCGCAAGUACAAGAAGAACAUCAAAGCCUUGUAUAUUGUGCACCCAACCAUGUUCAUCAAGACCCUGCUGAUUCUCUUCAAGCCUCUGAUCAGCUUUAAGUUUGGACGAAAGAUUUUUUAUGUGAACUUCCUUAGUGAGCUGGAAGAGUAUGUGAAGCUGGAACAGUUGGGGAUCCCAAGCCAAGUGCUGAAAUAUGACGAAUAUCUGAGAUCCCUGCAGAAACCUUCACAAGUGCCCCAGAAGCCAACACCCCCACGCCCACCACUGCCAAACCAGCAGUUUGGAGUCUCGCUCCAGCAUCUCAGGGAGAAGAGCCCUGAUCAGUCUCCUGUUCCUCUGGUGGUCAGAGACACCAUUGCUCAUUUGCAGGAGCAUGCUCUUGCUACAGAGGGGAUUUUCCGGAGAUCAGCAAAUACACAGGUUGUCAGGGAGGUCCAGCAAAAAUACAACAUGGGUGUGCCUGUAGAUUUCCAGCAGUAUGAAGAUGUCCACCUCCCUGCUGUGAUUCUCAAGACCUUCUUAAGGGAGCUACCUGAGCCCCUCCUCACUUUUGGUCUCUACAGCCAUGUUGUCAGCUUCCAGAGUGUGGAGGAGGAGAAUCGUGUGGAUGUUGUUCGGAAAACACUCCAGACUCUGCCAGAAGAAAACUACCAAGUGCUCCAUUUACUGACAGCCUUUCUGGUGCAGGUCUCUGCUCACAGUGACAGGAACAAGAUGACAAACACCAACCUGGCAGUUGUGUUUGGCCCAAAUCUGCUGUGGGCCAAAGAUGUAGCCAUCACCCUAAAAGCCAUCAACCCCAUCAAUACCUUUACCAAGUUCCUGCUGGACCACCAGAAGGAGCUCUUUGAGGAUGUGGAGGCCUGAAUCCAGGCCAGUCCACACCAGCACACUGUGCCCACCUUCCCACCUUUUUUCCCACCUUGUCUUGGAGCUGUGACCAAGCUGUCUCCAGUGCAAAGGGACCAUUGAUCCUCUGGGUGAUGAGCAGAGCGAGGGCUGUGGAGAUGGUGGAGAAAGGGUGUAAGUAAGCGAGCAGGAGACCUGCUGCUCCAG